AAAAUCUGUCCUCUCCUGCACUUGCGCAAAGACUGCAGCGUGACACGCGUGUGGAGGAAGUGUAGUGACUGACAGCCAAACCUGAUCACCUUUACCGGCCUGGGCUGCAGUUUAUUCUCCGUUUACCUAAACAUGUCCUGGCUGUUCGGCCUGAAUAAGGGGCAGCCCGAGGCUCCCCCGGAAUUCCCGGUUCCACCGCCACCCCCUCCACCAGCUGGCGGCUCCGGAGGUGGCGGAGAUAAACCCAAGGACAAAUGGAGCAACUUCGACCCAACCGGGCUGGAGCGAGCGGCCCAAGCGGCGAAGGAGCUCGACAAGUCUCGUCAUGCCAAAGAGGCCCUGGAUCUGGCUCGCAUGCAGGAGCAAUCUGUUCAGAUGGAACACCAGACCAAAAUCAAGGAGUACGAGGCAGCAGUGGAGCAGCUGAAGGGGGAUCAGCUGCGUAUUCAAGGGGAGGAGAGGAGGAAAACUGUCGGCGAGGAGACCAAGCAACAUCAAUCGAGAGCACAGUUCCAAGACAGACUUGCCAGACAGAGGUAUGAGGAUCAACUCAAGCAACAGCAAGCCCUGAAUGAGGACAACCUUCGGAAACAGGAGGACUCUGUGCUUAAACAGGAAGCCAUGAGGAAAGCAACAAUUGAGCACGAGAUGCAGCUGAGGCACAAGAAUGAGCUGCUACGCGUAGAGGCGGAGUCUAAAGCGCGGGCACGUGUUGAGCGGGAAAACGCAGACAUCAUCCGUGAGCAGAUCCGCCUGAAGGCAGCAGAGCACAGACAGACUGUACUAGAGACUAUACGGACUGCAGGUGCUGUGUUUGGGGAAGGAUUCCGGGCUUUUGUGUCGGACUGGGAUAAAGUUACAGCUACGGUGGCAGGACUGACUCUGCUGGCUGUAGGUGUGUAUUCUGCCCGGAACGCCACAGCUGUGGCGGGUCGCUACAUUGAGGCCCGACUCGGGAAACCCUCAUUGGUCAGAGAGACUUCUCGCAUCACUGUUGCGGAGGCGAUCAAGCACCCGAUCAAGAUGUCAAAGCGCCUGACAAGUAAACCUCAGGAUGCACUGGAGGGAGUAGUGCUCAGUCCUAACCUAGAAGAACGUGUACGUGAUAUUGCCAUAGCAACUAGGAACACGCGUCAGAACAAGGGGCUCUACAGGAACAUCCUCAUGUAUGGCCCACCAGGUACUGGCAAGACCCUCUUCGCCAAGAAGCUGGCAGUGCACUCUGGGAUGGACUAUGCCAUCAUGACUGGUGGAGAUGUGGCGCCCAUGGGCCGUGAGGGCGUCACCGCCAUGCACAAAGUCUUUGACUGGGCCAACACCAGUCGCCGUGGCCUGCUGCUGUUUGUUGAUGAAGCCGAUGCAUUCCUUCGCAAGAGGUCUACUGAAAAGAUCAGUGAAGAGCUCAGAGCCACUUUGAACGCAUUCCUGUAUCGCACUGGAGAGCAGAGCAACAAGUUCAUGAUGGUGCUGGCCAGUAACCAGCCAGAGCAGUUUGACUGGGCCAUCAACGACCGCAUUGACGAGAUAGUAAACUUCGCCCUGCCGGGUCCUGAUGAGAGGGAGAGGCUGGUGCGUCUGUACUUUGACAGAUAUGUGCUGGAGCCUGCCACAGGGGGGAGACAGAGAAUGAAGCUGGCUCAGUUUGACUAUGGAAAGAAGUGCUCGGACAUCGCUAAGCGGGCAGAGGGCAUGUCAGGCAGAGAGAUCUCCAAACUGGGCGUGGCCUGGCAGGCGGCAGCCUACUCCUCAGAGGACGGCGUCCUGACAGAGGCCAUGAUUGAUGCUCGGGUGGACGAAGCCAUGCGGCAGCACCUCCAGAAGAUGGACUGGCUGCAUGGGCACACUAAGGAGGCUGGGGCCAAGAGCACAAUCUCUCCCAGCGCUGGACCAGCAGACAGCAGCAAGAUAGGCUUCACUCUGCCUCUAGGGGAGCCGCCACAGGCCCAGGAUGUGCUCACUCCGGCUCUGGAGAUGGGCAACAAACCAGAGGCCCAUGUCAUUCAGGAGGAGCUGAAACUAGAGGUGCAAGCCCCACCUUCAUCAGACGGUGCCGAACUGCCUGUGGAGGAGGGUACUGUCCUGGCUAAGGGGGAGGGUGUCAAAGCAGAAACGGUGGUAACACCUCAGGGGGAGGUGGCAGAGGGUGUAUCCCAGACUGAUGCAGCCCCAAGCAGUGAGGGUGGGACAGGGAAGGAGGGGAAAACCAAAGCUCCUCCCAAGGAUGGGACUCCAGUUUAACAUUAGGGGCCAAAGGAAGGACAGGGAGGACGCCUCCUGUUCCUCCUCACUGUCUGUAGUCUCGGUCUGUGUACAUCUGUCUGUCUGACUGAAAGAGUUGGUGGGCAGGGGGAGGAGGGAUGGAGGCACUAACAUUUUACGAAGCAAUCCUGUAGGAACAGGAGAGCUGUAAUAUAUGAUUUGUGUAAAAUGUAAGAAAAAAAGUGUACUUUACAUCGAAACCCUAUGUCUGUAAUAGUAUUAAUGUUGAUGUGCACUGUAAGAGAUAAUACUCUAUUUAAAUGACGGUGUGGAUGGAGAUUACUUUGUUUUUAUGAAUAGUAAAAUAAUCCAAGUUUCUUACUAUGGCUGCAUUUUUGUUGUGAUUUCUAAAGGAAUGGUUUCAUAGACAUUCAAAAGGCACUCGCACAGCUGAGCUAUCUUUUUUUGCAAGUGCAUGGUAUCCGUUGAAUAAGAUGAGAAAAAAGAAGAAACCAGCAUUCUGCUCUUGAUAGUAUCACUGCUCUUAGGUAAGCUUUAUGUAUCGGCCUCAAGGCCUUCCUCAGAUCUUUUGUGAAUUAGCACCCUUAUGUAGACAGCUCCACCCACAUCCAUUCCAUCGAAUGGGGUUGGAGUCGAGGGAAAAUAAGCGUUACCAAAAAUAACAAUAUGCAUGUCAUAAAUAUUCUAAUAAAGUGUGUACCUAAAACGUAUUAGACACGUCUAUAAAACCACAAUGAGGACAUCGACCCACCCAAGCAGUUUUCAUAAAUCAAUGGGUACAGCGCAAGAAAAACGUCUUGAGUAUCUGAAAUGGGGGCAUUAAUUCAUGUUCACAUUUACAACAUAACACGCACAGGCAUUUCAUCAUUAAGUCCUUUAGGAAAUCAUGUCUGGAGGGUGAAAAUCCAAAAACAUUAUUUUGCUCAGAGUAUUAUUUAUAUCACCUCCCCGGUCUGAUAUCUUGACUUUCUCUAUGCCACAAAAUCUAAAGGAAGAAAUGUCAUGUUUUUGGUCAUUAAAAUGUACUGCGACCGGCCAAU